UCCCCCCUGCAGAGCGCGGAUCUGUCCGGCCCCCGUUCCUGCCCCGCGCCAUGCUGUGGGCAAGGCCUGCAGCAGGCCUCCUGUUGGCCCUGCUGUUUACUGGGACGUUGGCUGAUGAAGAGUCCUGCAGCGGCCGCUGCACGGAGGGUUUUAACUCCAACAAGAAAUGCCAGUGUGAUGACCUCUGUUCGUACUACCAGAGCUGCUGUUCAGACUACAUCGCUACCUGCAAACCCCAAGUGACCCGGGGAGAUGCAUUUGCUCUGCCUGAAGACGAGUACGGAGACUUCCCUGACCGGAACGCUAACACCUCCAACAUCCCGGAUGACCCGAUUGAGCAGGAAAUCCUCCCGGACCCCACCGAGGUCCCAGAGGGGCAGGAGGAGACAACGAGCUCAAGCAACAUCCCGGGCAUGGAGGUCCCGAACGAGGAGGAGGAGGAGGAGCCGUGCAGCGGGAAGCCCUUCGACGCCUUCACCGACCUGAAGAACGGCUCCUUCUUUGCCUUCCGAGGGAAGUACUGCUACGAGCUGGAUGAGAAGAGCGUGCUCCCUGGGUACCCCAAGCUGAUCCGCGACGUGUGGGGGAUCGAGGGGCCCGUCGAUGCCGCCUUCACCCGCAUCAACUGCCAGGGGAAGACCUACCUCUUCCAGGGCAGCCAAUACUGGCGCUUUGAGGAUGGCAUUCUAGACGAAGGCUACCCCCGGAACAUCUCAGAGGGUUUCCAGAACAUUCCUGAUGAUUUGGAUGCAGCUCUGGCCCUGCCCGCUCGCAGCUUCAGCGGCCGCGAGCGGGUUUACUUCUUCAAAGGGAAGAAGUACUGGCAGUACGAAUUCCAGACUCAGCCCAGCCGGGAAGAGUGUGAGGGCAGCUCCCCUUCGGCCGUGUUCGAGCACUACGCCCUGAUGCAGCGGGACAGCUGGGAAGACAUCUUCCAGCUCCUCUUCUGGGACAGCAGGGGUGGAGGGGCGAGCCGGCCCCAGUACAUCAACCGAAACUGGCGGGGGGUGCCGGGCCGCGUGGACGCCGCCGUGGCCGGUCGCAUCUACCUGUCCGCCCGCUCCCCGACCCGAUCCGCCUGGACCCAGAAGCGCAAGGCCCGACGCAACCGCAGACGGUACCGCCUGCGCAAUCGUUCCCGCUCCCGCUCCUCCGGCUCCCGGUGGAUGUUGCCCUUCUUCCUGGACCCCGAAUCGGAGGAGGAAGAGGACGACUGGUUCGUGCCCUCGGGCUGCCAGCCCAUCCAGAGUGUCUACUUCUUCGUGGGAGACAAAUAUUAUCGGGUCAACCUGCAGACUCGGCGGGUGGACAAGGUGAAACCGCCCUACCCACGGCCCAUUGCCCCCUAUUGGCUGGGCUGUCCGGCCUCCGACACCUAGGCCUUCCGGGCACCACGUCCGACCUGCCGGGGGCUCCUGGGCCUCUCCCCGUCUCCCGGCGCCGUGCUAAUAAAGUCCUCUCGGGGCUCCGCCCGUCCGUCCACCCGAUGCUGGCGACCGAGGAGGCCGGGGGCGGGUGGGUACCCCGCCCCCCUUUCUAUAACACGACGGCGGAAAGACGGCCGCUCAAUCCCCCGGGCCUCCCCUGACCCGGCUCUCUCAGAAUCCCCUCCGCACUCCUCCAUAGGAGCGGGCAUAAAUCCAUAAAGAAAUGAAGGCAGGAACGGGA